AUGCAGCUCUUACUUCUCCUCCUCGCCGGUCUUUUUGCGACCCUGACAUCCGCAUGCGGUUUCCCAUUCAACAACAAUCGCCUCACCAACAGCUCCUUAGUCGCCGACUUUGUCGCCGACCUGGAAGUAUCUGGACAGCUCGGCGACAAUGGCGGCCAAGGCUGGAUGUCAGUCAUCAACGAUCGGAUUCCAGAUAAAACGAUCUGGCCAAAUAUGGGCCCCGAAAAUGACCCAUACGUUUGGAUCGAUUACUGCUUUGCCACUGAGGAGGACUACAAAGCGUUCAACAAAGUCGUGGAGGAGGCAGCAAACGAGUGGAUGACCAAGUUGGGCAAGGGUAAAGACAAUGGACAUCGAUUUGCUGGAUUCCGUCACUACUCCGAAGACGGAAUUUAUCCACGUUGUGAUAAGGAUGACGAGUGGAACGUACUCGUUCCCGAAGGUACACUUCUGAUCAAGGAAUCCUGGGAUGGAUCUGCUUCAGCAACUAUUGGAUUCAUCCCAGAGACACAUUUGCUUCUUGUAGUGCGUCCUGCUGACUACGACUUAUGGAAAUGGGAGGUCGCUCAUGAGCUGGGUCAUGUUCUUGGCUUUGAACAUGAGCAUCAGAGGAAGGACCGGGACGACCAUGUCAACUUCGACUGCUCCAAACUCGAGGGCUACGAGACUGCCAAGAAGAAAGUGGAGACUGAGCCCGCGUGGAAGGGGAAAACGAUUGAGGACGUCUGUGGAUCCAAUUGGUUGGGAUACAUGCACGGCCUCCAUUUUGCAACCCCAACCGCGUACUGUACCGACAUGGGUCUCGCAGAAGAUAAAACGACACCGUUGGCACAGUACUCGGAAACGGCAUACGACUUCGAUUCUAUCAUGCACUACCCCUCUCGAGCGCACGCUGCAAAUCAGCGAGGUGGCGUCAAUGAGCUACCCCUUGUACGCUGGAAGAAUGGACGUCCCGGUGACGGUUCGGGGCCGAACGAUGAGAACGCACAGAUCAUUCCAUGGUUUACGGCGAUUUCGGAUGGAGAUAAGAGGGGCGUUCAGCACUACUACCCUUCCUGUCGUUCAACCACAAAAUUCAAGGUGCAUCCAGAUAUAGACUUCGGUCACCGCGAGAACAGCAUCAGUCCAUCUUCAACACAUCUUAAUUACCAGAUUACCCCCAACUCAACAUCAAGAGCUCCAGACCAUCUACUAGCUAUGGCGGCUGUCUCGGUUGCACUUAAUCUCGACUUAUCGAACCUCAACGUUAGCACCGGAAACGACGAUACCAACGUUUCUAGCGAUUUCUCCUAUGGCUUCUCGCACGCGAACGGUACCAACGGUGACAAUGCCAAACCUCUACCAAUCGUGAUCGCAGGAGGCGGUUGCGUCGGUCUUUUCCUAGCUCUCCUCCUCGCACAGUCAGACAUACCCAACAAAGUGGUCGUCGUCGAACCGCAGCAGCCAGAUCCCAUGUCGACGCGCGCAAUGGCACAUCAACCGCCUACAUAUCCCAUAUUGUCCAAAGUCGAAGGCUUACUACCCGAACUGGUGAAGACAGGAAGCCUGAGUUCAGGCCUGUGUUUCCGAACGAGCAUCCAGAACGGCAGCAAAGUGAUUGCGGGCAAAACCUUCGACAACUCAGGCGAAGGCAUGAAAGGAAAGGGACAACUCCUACUACCACAAGGAAAAUUCCAACAAAUCCUCAUGAAGCGCCUAGCCGCUCUCGGCGACGAAAAAGCCGAAUUACGUCUCGGAACCAGCGUCACCUCCUUCAAGUCAACCCCCAGCAGCGUCACCGUGCAAAUCACCCCCGAAGCCACCUCAACGCAACUCGGCGACGAAACGCUCGAAGCCGCCUACCUAAUCGACGCCUCCGGCGCCCACUCCACCAUCCGCAAAGACCUCACCAUCAGCCUCGAAGGCGAAACCCUCGACGCCCAACUCGUAGCCACAGACCUCCACUUCGACUUCCACGCCCACGGCUUCCACGACGCGAACUUCAUCAUGGAUCCGCUGAACUACGGUCUCAUUGGCCGUAUCAACCACGCCGACGCCACCGCGGAUGGGAAACCCGCCUUAUGGCGUGUGAGUUACGGGGUUCCGAUUGGGGUGUCUGAGGAGGAGAUUAUGAGGACGCUGGAUGAGAAACUGGGGGUUAUGAUGCCAGAUGGAGGAAGGGAUGGGCAAGGGGGGAAAGCGUAUGAGGUUGUGAGGGUGGCGCCGUAUAAAGCGCAACAGCGGCUUGUUCCGUCGUUGUAUCAUCACGAGGAGCGGGUUUGUCUUGUUGGGGAUGCGGCGCAUUUGACGAAUCCGUAUGCGGGACUUGGGCUGGCGUCUGGUAUGGCGGAUGCGUCUUCGCUGUCUGAGGUUCUUGUUCGGGUUCUUACUGGGAAGGCGGCGGAUGGUGAGAGGUUGUUGAAUGCUUGGUCGACGGCGAGAAGGGAGAGCUUUAUGAAUGUUGUGGAUAAGCCUUCGAGGAUGGCGUAUAAGCGGGUUAAGGCUGAUGUUAGCAGUGACGAGAAGAUUCAAGAGAUGAUGAGCAAAGACCCGCUUGUGGGUGCGUUGAAGAAGGGUAUGCCCGUUCAGCCGCCGAGUUUGGAGACGAAGGGGGAGGAAUUGGAGGGGUGGUGA